AGAAGUCUUUGCCAAGGCACCACCCACUUUCUUAAAAAAGUACCAAUCAAAUGGCAGGGAACUUAGUUUACCUUCUACACUCCAGACGUUGGAAGAACUGAAUGUGACAGAGGAAUACGAAAAAGAGAGAGGAAGAGAAGAGUAGGGAGACCAAGCCAGACAAGAAGUGGUAAAGGAAUAGAAAUAGUGUUAGGAAAAUACAUUGGAACAAAUUCAAGGGAGACAGAGAAAAGGGAGGCAGAGGAAAAGAGUUAGAGAGAGAAAGAGAGAGAGAAAGAAAGAGAGAGAGAGAAAGAAAGAGAGAGAACGAGGGAGAGAGAAUGACAGUGACAGAGGGAUAGAAAGUGAGGGUUGAAGUAUCUGUCUGUGUCAGUGAGUAAUUCCUUGUUGGACAUGAAUGUAGCCAACUACAGUGAGGGACUGGACCCAACGUACAGCACCCUGGGCUUCGAACACGCUGACAUCCUAUAUGGUGGGGGAGGAAGGAGAUGCGUUCUGUCUCCUGGAGAUGAACACACUUUGGUGUGAGGCUUGCAAGCUGAAGAACACCAUCCCAACUGUGAAGCACGGUGGUGGCAGCAUCACGUUGUGGGGAUGCUUUGCUGCAGGAGGGACUGGUGCACUUCACAAAAUAGAUCAGCAUCAUGAGACAGUAUGCCAGCGGAGCCGGGCCUGUCCCAGGCAGAUGUAGUGAACGGUAACUGUGCUAUCUGUGGAGACAAAGCUACAGGGAAACACUAUGGCGCCUCCAGCUGUGACGGAUGUAAAGGUUUCUUCAGACGCUCCAUACGCAAGAACCACAUCUACUCCUGCAGGUUUAACCGUCAGUGUGUGGUCGACAAGGACAAGAGGAACCAGUGUCGGUUCUGCAGGCUCCACCAGUGUUUCAGAGCUGGCAUGAAGAAAGAAGGUUGGCCACAUCAGACCACGGUUCAGAAUGAAAGAGAUCGAAUCAGCUCCAGAAGAAGCAUUCAGGACAAUCAGGAUAUCCUACCUAUCACUGUUCUUGCCCAGGCGGAGUCCCUGUCUCAACAUAUCACUGUGUCCAGUCCCAGGGGUGCAGUAGAUGUGUCAGAACAGAAGUCAGCCGGUGUGGGGGAUGUCUGUGACUCCAUGAGACAACAGCUGCUUGUGUUGGUGGAAUGGGCCAAGUACAUUCCUGCCUUCGGAGAGCUGCCCCUGGAUGACCAGGUGAGUCUGCUCAGAGCUCAUGCAGGGGAACACCUUCUACUUGGGGUCGCCAAGAGGUCAAUGCCUUAUAAGGACUUCCUGCUCCUUGGUAAUGGGUGUGUGAUCCAUGGCAGCAGUGCAGAGCCAGAGAUCGGUCGUGUAGCUAACCGUAUUCUAGGUGAGCUGGUCCUGCCCUUCCAGGACAUCCAGAUAGAUGACCAUGAGUACGCUGCUCUCAAGGCACUCGUCUUCUUUGACCCUGAUGCCAAGUCUCUGCGGGAUCCGUGUAAGAUCAAGGCGAUGCGUCUGCAGGUCCAGAUGAGUCUAGAGGACUAUAUUAACGACCGUCAGUAUGACUCCAGAGGGAGGUUUGGAGAGCUGCUGCUACUGCUUCCUACUCUACAGUCCAUCACCUGGCAGAUGAUAGAACAACUGCAGCUUGUUAAACUCUGUGGCCUGGCCAAGAUAGACAACCUACUGCAGGAGAUGCUGCUGGGAGGUGGCUGUCUGGCAUCAGAGCCCGCCCACCUGCACCAACCAGGCCACACCCAGUUAGCCCAGGACCCUUUGACUGGACACACACUGGUCAUCAGCCCCAUGCCUGCUACACACACUUCUCAGAUAGCGUCUCCAGACACUCCUAUCCCGUCUCCUCCUCAGGGUCCAUAGAUUAUCAAGUCAACUUCAAGCCCCUCCUUCCUGCUGGCUCCGCCUUCCACAAAGACGUACCCGGAACCCUCCCCCUGAGUGUACAGCACCCGACCCGCGAAUAACAACUACAAAAAACAACAGAAAGUCUGUUCGAUGGGCAAAAUACUCAUUUGAGAUAUACAUUCUAUGCGUAACUCGUAAAUCAUGCAUUCAAUGGUAGUGUCAAAACUUGAGUUUGCCCUAUUUAGUGCCAUAGGUUUUCACUCCAGUUCGGUAGUCUAGAAAUUGAGUAAUCUGUGUAAAUUGAAGCAUCUAUAAAUCAUUCGAUUAUUCCUAGUCUCUGAGCCUGUGUUAUCAUGGUGUAAAUGACAGUAUGUAUUUAAGCCUUCCAUAGGCUCAUCAUUGAAGAUGGAGUGAGAGAUUUGCUAAUCAACGUGUACAUUAUAUACAGUAUGUGUUUCUCAAAGCGAUUAGGACUGUGUCUGUAACACAUGAUGUUCACGUGUUGCCAUGUUGCUUGUGGUGUGGUGCUUUACUGGAGCAUAAUGUAUGUCAAUAAUAUAACUAACUAUAUAUUUAGUUCUUAAUCAACUCUGCAGUGGCUUUUAGUCUUUUGAGAUUACUGUCAUGAUAUGAUAGUAUAUGAAAACUGUCAAAUUUGGUGUUUAAAUUCAGUUGUAUUUGUCAAAUGAAUCUUAUUGAACUUCUUUAGAGACUUUCAAAUGGUGUAUACAUGUUAGACAAUGUAAGCUGUGUAUUGUGAUUAUAACAGAACAGUAUUGUCAUUGAAUUGUAGCCUCUGCUUUAGUCUGCUUUUGCAUGAACAUGGACAUAGUUCUGAAAAAAUACAGACUUAAUAGAACUAACCCAGAAACCACAUUGUCCCGCAGCAGAGAAAUUAAGGGUACUGGCUCCCCCAUGUGGCUUGUUUAGAAAUAUACAUUCUGUAAUCACUAGAUGGCCAAGGUGUCAAUAUGGUCAGAGAGGAUGAGAAAGUAUGUGAGGUAUUUGUUAUUAAUUAAUGAUAUAGAUAGGUUCCAUAUUUCAUUUUUUUCCAUGACCUUUCCCCCGACUGUUCCUAUAAAUGUUCUAUUGGUCUGGGAUAUGUGGUGUGUGUCUAAGGCUGGAUUGAUCUGGGUUAUGCUCUGUUUGUUGAUGUGAGUUGAGUGAAAGCUCAUUUUGCCCCCUCAUCUAAAAGAAAAUAAGAAAACACAAAAAUAGUGUAGGAAUAAAUGUGCCUCCAUAUAAACCCUACCCAUACUGAA